AUGACUUGGAACAAGAGAACUUUAAGGGAUUAUGCCUUACCAAGUCUGGAUAUGGUUCAAGAAGCUAUAGCAAGGUCGACAGUUACAGCUAAUAAUUUUGAGAUCAAACCGGCGAUGAUUCAGAUGAUCCAGAAUAAUUUGCAGUUUAGAUGUACGAUGACGGAGGAUUCUAAUCAAUAUUUGAAACAGUUUCUCCAACUUUACGAUACUUUUAAGUAUAAUGGGGUCACUGAUGACACUAUUCGUCUUCGGUUGUUCCCCUUCUCUUUGAUUGAUAACGCAUUUUCUUGGCAAAACAACAUCCGGGUCUUGAAUUAUACACUUGACAUGUUUGGGCUGACAAAUAUGGAACAAGAAGAAGAAGCGCAUGAAAGAGAAGAAGAAAGAGAAUAUGAGGAUGAUGAUAAGAGUGAGGAGAUGGAUGAUGAGGAGGAUGAUUGA